AUGAGUUAUUCGAUGAAAUUAUCAAUCUCAGUUCAUCUUUCAGCUAUCGAUCCUGUACUUGGAAUUAUCUUUCUCGCUUCAAAUUUCAGAAAUUUGAUGUGCCGAAAUGCGGUUAAGACCCCUAAUUUAGAUGAAGUUGAAAAUGUGCGUAACGUUAAUGAACAGACAGUAUCAAGUGGUAUUAGUACGGAUGCUUUGGCUAGGUCAUCGUUGAAUACGAUUCGGGAGCCUGUGCAUUUUAAUCUUGAUGAAAAUCUAUCUUUCUGGAUGGAUCAUUAUGUGCAGGUUUUGAUAAGAAAUAGUCCACUAAACGAUAUGGAGCUAAGUAGUUAUUACAAAAGGUGUUUAGAACAAGAGAGUGCACAAUGUCUGAGCAUUGUAGCGCAUUCAGAAGUGCGGUUUACUUUUGACCAUGUUGCAUGCGAGACAAUUGAUCAGGAAACACUUUUUAGGAUGAUUGGUCUAUCAGUGGUGGAAAAUUGCUUGCCGGGUUAUAAUAGUUGUAUCUUUACGUAUGGACAGGACUCGUUAGGCAGUAUCUCAAAAACAAUGAUAAUAGCUAAUGUUAGCCCCUUCAUAUGUUUCGCAACAGACACAUUAAACACUCUAAAGUUUGCACAGCAUUCAAAACUUAUCCAAAACAAUGUUAAUGAAGAUGCCUCAGGAGAUGUCAUGGCUUCUCAACACCAGAUCCAACUUUCUAAGCUGGAAAGAAGCCAACAAGAGUUGGAGAAAUGCAGGCAUAACCUAAAUUCUUGCUUAGAGACAAAUGAGAAACUCCGCAAGGAAAUUGCUGAUCUAAAUGCUUUACUAGAUAAUCAGAAAUCUGCAAGGCAUGACCUUGGUGAUGAUGGUAGUGAGGUCAUAAAGGAUAAAUGCACUUCACUGAAAGUUGGGAAAAGGCCUGUGAGGAAAACGGAGAAACAAGGGGGUUCGGGUAAGAAUCGAUUUGGUUGGGAUUCGGAAUCAAGAAAUGAAGUGAAAAAUGUGAAUACUCCGAGGUCGUGUAGAACAGUGAGAGCUGGAAGUUUGGGUUAUUCUGAAUGUUCUCAGAAGACACCUCCAAAAAGCGUGAAUAAGCCUCUGUGUCCAGGGAUGUUUUUUGGAGGUAUUUCUAGGCCCCCAGUUGGUGGAAAUGUAUGCGGAAAUGGAAACUACGGCAUGUUGUCUAGAGGCUCACAAAACACUUUUACUACUGUUAAUACGGUUGAGGUACCACACUUUGAGCUCAAAGAAGAUCCAUCUUUCUGGUUGGAUCAUAAUGUUUUGAUAAGAAUUUGUCCACUAAACGAUAUGGAGUUGAGUACUCAAGGUUACAACAGGUGUUUAAAACAAGAGAGUGCACACUGUCUGAGCUUUGUAGCGCAUUCAGAAACGCGGUUUACUUUUGACCAUGUUGCAUGCGAGUCCAUUGAUCAGGAAACACUUUUUAUGAUGGUUGGUCUACCGAUGGUGAAAAAUUGCUUGUCGGGUUAUAAUAGUUGUAUCUUUGCGUAUGGACAGACAGGAAGCGGAAAGACUCACACAAUGCUUGGCGAAAUAAACGAGAUUGAAACAAACCCCAGCCCAUACCGGGGAAUGACUCCAAGAAUAUUUGAGUACUUAUUUGCCAGAAUCAUUGAGGAAGAGGAAAGUCGAGUAGAUGAAAGAUUAACUUACAGCUGUAAGUGUUCAUUUCUAGAGAUAUACAAUGAGACAAUUACCGAUCUGCUCGAGCCAUCCUCUACAAAUUUGCAAGAUGUUAAGAAGAGUGUGUAUGUGGAAAGUUUAACUGAAUUUGAAGUUCAUACUGUGGGUGAUAUCCUUGGGCUUCUUAGUCGGGGUUCUGGAAAUAGACGAGUUGCUGCUACUAAUAUGAACAGAGAAAGCAGUCGGUCCCACAGUAUUUUCAGCUGUGCAAUUGAAAGUAGGUGGGAGAAAGAUUCAAAUUCCAACCUACGAUUUGCGAAGCUAAACCUAGUUGAUCUUGCGGGUUCUGAAAGCCAAAAAAAUUCCGGUGCCAAUGGUGAGCACUUAAAGGAAGCUGCAAGCAUAAACAAAUCGUUAUCUGUACUAGGGCGUGUAAUAAUGGUUCAAGUAGAUGGUACUAAUGCAAGGACACGCUAUAUUCCUUAUCGAGAUUCAAUACUGACAUUUCUUCUACGGGACUCAUUAGGCGGUAAUUCAAAAACAAUGAUAAUAGCUAAUGUUAGCCCCUCUAUAUGUUCUGCUACAGAAACGUUAAAUCUAAAAUUUGCACAACGUGCAAAACUUAUCCAAAACAAUGCUGUGGUUAACGAAGAUGCCUCGGGAGAUGUUAUUGCUCUUCAACGCCCGAUCCAACUUUUAAAGGAGGAGGUUGCUGUCCUUAAGAGACAGAAUGUAUCCAAUUCAUUAACAUUUAGUCCAAAAGUCAUCGAAGAGGCCAGAGAAGAACACCAAAAUGAUUAUGAUAAUAUGCCUGUAGGCGAAAACAAAAUCCCGAGGGUUUCCUCUAAACAGGUGAUUGUAGCUGAACAAAACAAGUCAAGUGUCAUUGGGAAGAUGAUGGAUCUGGAAGCGGUGCCACAUCCGGUUUAUAGGCAGAAAAAAGUGUUUUCUGAGAAAUAUUUACAGAAAUCUGCUUCUAUAGGCUCGUGUGAGAGGAAGUCAAGGAUAAUUAGGCGUAGGAGGCUGCAGAAUUUCAACAAGCAGUCAAUAAAUGAUUAUAGUUUUGAUGGGAUGGACAAUUCUAAGCUAAAUGGGAAAAGAACUGAUUAUGUAGAGACUGCAGUUUUGAGACCAAAUUUAGGAAGUGUUAGACGUGGGUCCAUACCUUCAUUUUUACUUGAUUCUUGUACUAGAGUUGGAUAAACGAAGAUCAAUUACAGGGUAUGUGUUUACUUUAAAUGGUUGUGCUAUUAGUUGGAAAGCCCAGUUAUACUCUACAGUUGCACUAUCUUCUACCGAGGCAGAAUAUAUGGCAAUUACAGAAGCAGUUAAGGAAGAUAUAUGGUUGAAAGGAUUAUUUAGAGAACUCGAUGAUAGAA